UCCAGCCAUACAGUGAUACCAUCUUCAGUGCUGGCACACACUCCAUCUCCCGGAAUCACAUCUCACACAUACUCAUAAUAUAUCCGCAUUACAAUGGACGUCUCCAACAACCGUCUUUUCCGCUGGUCUAAGCCAGAAUGGCUUAACAACUCCGCCGUGCGCAACGCAGGCGUCUACACCUCCGGCGCACUGUUCUCCCUGGGUUUCUUCUUCCUCAUCGACGCCGCCGCUUUCUCCCACAGCGCCCGCAACGGCUCCUUCGUGCACGUCAAGUUCGUCGACUGGAUUCCCGGUAUCUGCUCCGCGCUCGGAAUGCUCGUUAUCAAUUCGAUUGAGAAGUCGCGUCUUCAUGCCGAUAGCUUCAGUUAUAGUGGAAGUGGGGUUGCGUGGAAGGCGAGGUUUGUGCUGUUCUUGGGAUUUGCGUUGCUCGCGGGUGGUCUGGCAGGCAGUGUGACGGUCAUGGUACUUAAGUACCUGAUCCAGGGAUAUCCCCUUCCGACACUUUACUUUGGUAUUGCGAACGUUAUUGCGAAUGGACUGGUUAUGAUGAGCACCAUCGUCCUAUGGAUCUCCCAAAAUAUAGAAGACGAUUACACCUACAACCUUGCUCUGUGAUGGUUGAAUAUACCAUUUGAGAUGAGAAGGCCUAUGGUUAUCAGGUGUUCAGUCGUGGUACCUGUUCUUCUGUCGACUGAUUGAUUGAUUGGCUGGUAUGCGACGAAAGCA